CAAAAGAGGUUGUAUUCUUUCGAACUCUGACAAAUCAAGAAUGUUCUCUUUAUUAAUGAACAAAUAAUAAACAUGUUUAUUUGGAAAUUAUCGAAACAUUGACACAUUGUAUAGUCUAUUUGCCGCGGCACCACAUUUUCUGUUGGAAACGUCUUUUAAUGUCCGAAAGAGCUGUGCUGCACAUUUGUUACUCAUCAAAUCUUUGGAUUAAAAGGACUCCUAUCGAAUGUUCCCCUAUCCAAUAAGAGCGUUUAAUCGUCUUUGAGAUGCGAGCGUCUUCCUUGUAAGCCCUCCCCCGAGGCCCUCUGAUAGGUAGGCUUUUGUCAACAAAUCAGCAGUGGCUGCCUCUCUGCGCUGCGAUAGGACGCGGGCACUGUCAGUCACACGUAUAUCCAAGUCUCCGGCGCUCUAUAAGGUCUGGCCCGCAGACCGAGACUUUCGAGUGCGCGGUAGCUCGUGCGGUAGAAGACGGGAACGCGACCGGGGGUGAGUGCAGGCUAGACUUUGGAGUAGCGCUCGCACGCACCUCAUAUUCGUGUAGUUUCUCCCCAUCUGUUUGGCAAUCAUGGUCGGCCGUCGCUUCGUUUGGAGCUGAUUUUGCAUACCCAAGUUUUUUUUCUUCUACUUUAGAAUAGCUUCUCUUUUUUUAUUUUAUGUUUUGCUAUUUAUUUCCUUAAGGACCAAUGGCUUGCGUAUCCUGCGGGAAUUCCUGAGGCGCAAGGAGAGGGUUUUUUUUUUUUUUUUUUUGCAUGUCAGAAUGUCCCGUUGGAAUAUGGUAUGUGUCCACGAGGCUUAUGGAAUAUAGCCUGCUGUGCCAACAUCUCCACGCGCUCUCAGUCAGUCCGGCGAGGAAGAAGCUCGCGCUCUUUGGCAUCAUGCUCCUGCUGUGGGUGUACUUGCUCUACUCCUGCGUCGGCUACUGCGCUACAGUGCCAAGCCUGCUCGUGGACGGUCAUCGGGCCAGGGACGCAGACUUCCCCGGUAAAAGGACAGAAAGCGGCCGGGCGGAUCUAAUGUCCAGGCUGCUUCCCAGAGCGCAGAGCUGGGUAGACUUGGAAUCCGACGACGACGAAGCGGUUGAUAGCACGGCUGCUAGAGACUUCUCCACCACUGAAGCGGAGACGGACAGGGCCGAGGACUGGUACGACGCGAGAGGAGAACGGAGGUCUCCGGAGCAGAGCGCGCUUUCGAGUUUCUCCAACGGCUCGGGCAGCAAGCGGCUGCCUCAGGCCAUCAUCAUCGGGGUGAAGAAAGGAGGGACGCGCGCGCUACUGGAGUUCCUUCGCGUGCAUCCGGACAUCAGGGCGGUGGGGGCCGAGCCGCACUUCUUCGACCGAAAUUAUGACAACGGACUGGACUGGUACAGAGAGCUGAUGCCGAAGACCCUGGAGGGGCAGAUCACCAUGGAGAAAACGCCCAGCUACUUCGUGACUCGCGAGGCUCCGGCCCGGAUCUACUCCAUGUCCCGCGCCACCAAGCUGAUCGUGGUGGUGCGGGAUCCGGUGACGCGGGCCAUUUCGGACUACACCCAGACGCUGUCCAAGAAGCCCGACAUUCCCACCUUUGAGAGCCUGACCUUCAAAAACAGGACGACGGGGCUGAUCGACACCUCAUGGAGCGCCGUCCAGAUCGGCAUCUACGCCAAGCACCUGGACAACUGGCUGCAGUUCUUCCCCAUGCGCCAGAUCCUGUUCGUGAGCGGCGAGCGGCUGAUCAGCGACCCGGCCGGAGAGCUGGGCCGCGUGCAGGACUUCCUGGGGCUCAAGAGGAUCAUCACGGACAAACACUUCUACUUCAACCAGACCAAGGGCUUCCCCUGUCUCAAGAAGGCCGAGGGCAGCAGCAAACCCCACUGCCUGGGUAAGACCAAAGGGAGGACCCACCCCAACAUCCACCCGGAGGUGGUGCAGAGGCUCCGAGACUUCUACAGGCCCUUCAACAUGAAGUUCUACCAGAUGACUGGGCAUAACUUUGGCUGGGAUUGAAAGCGGGGGAAUUUUUUUUUACAAAAACUCAAAACUAUUUUUUUCCUUCUGUAUUUCUAAUGGCAAAAUGUGAUAAUUGCUAUAUAUAUGUAAAAUGUACAGAAAUCUAUUUUAUAAUAAUUUAUUUUUAAUUUUUAAGCGAUUAAUUCACUAAGCUGCCUAACCAUGUUUGUACAGAGCAUCUGGACCACAUUCACUCUCCCAAGCCCAACAUUCCACACUUCCGGCUUCCUGGUGUGUUUUUUCUUCUUUUCUUUUUCACAUCCGUAUAAAAUUCAGCUCAUCUGAAUAAAUGGUGCUUCUAAAUACUGUUAACGCAAUGACUGAAAUACAAAUUGAUCGGAUGAAAACACAUGCACUGUGUUACGGGUAUAGAGCAUUGACAGACCAAUAGCAACAGUUUUUUUUAUUUUUUUUUAUUUUAGUUCUCUAUAGUAUGAGCUCAAGGAGUGUGGUCCCCCCCCAUUGUAAGGGGUAAUGGGUCAUCUUUCACUCCCAAGGUUGCUUGACUGAUUCAUUUCUCGGUACUCUCCAGCUUGGCCCGAUUCCUACUUAGACAAGCUUACAGGCUAUGCAGCUGAUCAGAUGUCCUGUCCACUCAAUAAUGUUCGGAUCAAUACACUUAAUCGCUGCUCACGAUGACAUCCGUUCUUGGAGUGUCCUGCCGACCUUUGGCUGGCAGCGGACACUAAUGAAUGGGCAAUUCAUCAAUCAAGGACUCUCCCUGCGUUCGGUAGGAAGCUAACAUGUUGACAUUACUCUAAUCCCGUAAUGCACGCGAUCGGAUCGAUUAGUGUUCUCCAACUUCGUCGCCUCCUUGAGAAAUUAGCUGGGUUACAGCGAGGCUACCGAGCCACGCAGAGGGUUCAGGGGUCAAAUAAAGGGUCAGUGAAAUCUCCAUGGGUGAGAUGGGGUUUGUGAGAGAGAUGUCAUGGGGUCUGAAGAACUUGCUCUCGUAGAUUUUGUGGUCUAUCUGUCAGAGGAAGACCAUACAGGUAUCAUCUUGAAAGUGAUCUGGCCAUAUCUCCAUGUCCGUGACCAAGGUAGAUGGACAGAUCAAACAACAAGGAGCCGUGCACAGCAGCGGGAACCAGGAAGUUAGCUCGGGUGGCUAAAAAUGUGGGAUCCUUUGCUGAGUGAAGCACAGGAUAUUCUGAUUCCUCUUUCAUGUCGUUUUCAGUCCUUUUGCGCUGAUCGCAGUCCAGAUCUUGUUGCCAAAUUUUCUCAAACUUUAAUGUCUCUAAACACGAUGCCCCAACACUUCUGUCUUUGUCCAUGUUGCAGUUUUUAGGGCUUUUGUUUGUUUUUCUGCUUGAAUUCUUGUUAUGCAAGAGGGGAGAAACUGCCUGGAGCUCUAUCUGCUCCGUGCCCGCCUGCCUCAGGGAUGGCGGCCACCUCAAAGGAGAUAAAUGCCCGCAUUUAGCCCCGGUUGACCAGCUACAAGGACGGCUCCUCAUUACUCAGCAUUGUGUUCAAAUAUCAGAUCAAACAUAUUAAGUCCAGCCAGUUGCCAAAGGAACAAGAAAAUAUGACAGUGCUGCCGUCCGUGCUGUUUGGCUGUGGUGAAUCGAGGGAUUUUUCUGAAGAGCUGAUAUCCAGUUUGCGGUAAAUUCCCUCCAAUGCUGGGCACUGUGGGGCUGACGUGGAAGAAUGAGUUCGCCAGUGUGUUUAGAGGCAGGCUUGGCAGUGCACUGGGACAGAGGUGGCGGGUUGCAAACGCACUUUAACCUCCGUUCGCGUCGGCGUCGUGUGAUCCAAACCGAAGGAGGUGCUCGCGAGCGCUCGGGACGGACGGCCGAGGGCUCGCUGACCGGCGGUUGUUGAUUAUGUGCCUCCCGCUCGCUGCGCAGAAGCCCAUGUGGGUUCCUUCGGAGAGGAGGGUGAAGUAGGAAUCGGCGGUGAGGACACAGCCAAUCGAUGGCGGACGCUGUACAAACGAGCAAGAGCGGGAAACGUCGCACGCUUCUGCUCGGUUUCUCCAUUCAGAUUAAAACAUGCCGCACUUUUGAAGGCUACUCCUCUGACCACAGCAAAAAUCCCCCGAAGCUCCUCUCCUGCGUCCGGGUUUCAUCCCAGAGUGUGUCAGAGUGUGGUUAAAAAAGCGUUGGGCACAGAGGUUAGCACCGGCUUCUGCUGCUGUCACGGGGGAGAGAAUGCUUUCUCUGCUGUGUUCGCUAAGGCACCCACUCCACAAAAACUCAAGAAGGAAGUUUAUUGUUCAGAAUGUUUCCUGAAUAAUAACUGUGAAAUUGUGAAUGACUUCUUGAGUCAGUCUGGCUCCUUGAGAACUGCCCAAUUUCAUAAUGAUUGGUGUGAGAGAAUUUCAAAAGCUUAGCUCUUGGUCAAGCAGUUCAUGUGUUUAUGGUUGAGUUUUAUUCAACCUUUAUAGAAAGAUUCAGAUAGUAAUGUUUGUCUUACCCCACAUAUAACAUAAUAGAUAGGCUAGCAAAUCUGUAUGUUAAAAACAACACACAAAAAAGACAUGUAAAUCAAGUAUUUUGUGGUAUCUAUCAAAAGUAAUUAAUUUUACACCACGAAAGAGCAAAUGGAAAAGAUGUUUCUAGACAAUUAAAUACUGAACAUUCAUAUUUCUUUGU